UCUCUGUUCAAUUUCAAACACUAUUCCCAUUCUAUUCUAACUUUGACUUAGACUCUCUCUCUCUUCUCUUUUCUCCUCCUCCUCCUUCGUCCUCUUCCUCUUUGCCGUCGUUCUGUUUCUCUGCAUAGAAUAAAGAUGACUCCUUUCGUUUGCCUCUCUUUCUUGUUUCUCCUUCUCCAGUGUCCCCUCCCAUCGUUCUCAACCAAUUCUGAAGGAAAUGCUCUGAAUGCUCUGAGAAGCAGGCUAUCUGACCCCCACAACGUUCUGCAGAGCUGGGACCCAACUCUGGUUAAUCCUUGUACUUGGUUCCAUGUUACCUGUGACUCCAAUAAUCAUGUGACUCGCUUAGAUUUGGGCAACUCUAACGUCUCUGGAACUCUAGGCCCAGAACUCGGCGAACUUCACCAUUUACAAUACUUGGAGCUGUAUAGGAAUGACAUAAGAGGGAAGAUUCCUGAAGAAUUUGGGAACUUGAAAAAACUAGUUAGUCUGGAUUUGUAUGAUAACAAGUUUGAAGGCGAGAUCCCAAAAUCAUUUAGCAAGUUGAACUCUCUCAGAUUCCUCCGCCUAAACAACAACAAGCUUUCGGGCCCAAUCCCAAGACAAAUCACUCGUCUAACUAAUCUCAAAAUCUUUGAUGUUUCUAGUAACAACCUGUGUGGAACAAUACCAGUAGAUGGCCCUUUUGCGUCUUUCCCCGCAGAAAGCUUUGCAAACAACAGUAAACUGAAGGGUCCAGAGCUGAAAGGAUUGGUUUCUUACAAUUUUGGAUGCUGAGGAAAAGCUAUUAUUUGGGGAUAGACUAUAUGAAGAGAAAGAGAAUCUAAAACAAUAUAUGGUUGCCAUGGAAGAGAACCUGAUAUAUGAAUAAUAAAAGGGAUCAAGUAAAAUUAGAUCUGAUCUGAUUGUAUGGCCUAUUCAGCAUAUAGCUGAGCUCAGACUUUGAUGGUGAUGAGCACUUAUCUCUUAAGGAAAACCUUGUUUGUUAUACUACCCUGAAGCAUAAAGAUAUGAAUACCUGGUUUGUUUGGAAAAUCUAUAUAUAUCAAUAUAAAA